UCCGGUCAUCUGCCGCUCGAAGAAAUCGCUUACACGCCUUCUGCUCCAACAAAGCACUCACCUAGACCCUCACCCCAGCUCACCGCUACAGCAAAGGCUGGCAUUAUCGCUGCCUCCAUUGCUGUUUUCGUCAUUCUACUUCUACUCGUACUCGAGUACACCUAUCUUCGACGAAAACGACGGGAUCGCGACUUAGAACGAGCGAUCGAUGAAGUGGACGAUGGAACUGAGCUGAAGGAAUCCACGGCAAGCGAAAGCAAGGAGAACAUGGUACUCGAGAGCAGAGUUGAGAUAGUUAUCGAAGAAGAGCAGCGUAGUGAGAGUGAGAGUUGGGACGGGGAAAGCCAGUGGGACGUUGGUACAGAUGGGGAAGACAGUGAUGGUGAUCUUGGUGAAUGGGGGAGGGGAGGGAGAUGGGAGACAGGGAGAAACGGUAUGAGCCUAUCACGAACAGAAAGCUGA